AUGGCUACCACCUCCAACAUGUUCCUUUACUCGCUCACUAUUCAGCCGCCAACUAACGUCACUUUGGCCAUAGUUGGCCAAUUCUCUGGAACCAAAGAACAGCAGAUCGUUGUGGCUUCUGGCUCGCGGCUGGUCAUCUAUCGUCCACAUGCAAUUUCGGGCUCAGUCACAAAGAUAUUGUCGCAAGAUGUGUUUGGUAUCAUUAGAUCCAUUGCUGCCUUCCGCCUCGCUGGGGGCUCAAAAGAUUAUAUAAUCCUGGCUACUGAUUCUGGCCGGAUUGCCAUCGUUGAGUAUACACCAUCGAACAAUUGCUUCUCUCGUGUCCAUCUUGAAACCUUUGGAAAGUCUGGCGUUCGCCGCGUUAUACCAGGUCAAUAUCUUGCUGCAGAUCCAAAAGGACGGGCGUGUCUAAUUGCUUCUAUCGAAAAGAACAAGCUAGUCUACGUCCUCAAUCGUAACGCCGAGGCGGACGUAACUGUAUCGUCACCACUUGAGGCACAUAGGCAUGGAGUUCUUGUCUUCUCGCUUAUCGCCCUCGAUGUUGGCUACGCGAACCCGGUAUUUGCGGCACUAGAGGCGGAUUACGCUGAGCUAGAACAAGAUGAAUCAGCACAUGUGGAAAUCCAACUCGUGUAUUACGAAUUAGAUCUUGGAUUGAAUCACGUCGUCCGCAAGUGGUCCGGAGUAGUGGACUCGACAUCCUCUUUGCUUUUCCAAGUUCCUGGCGGAAACGACGGUCCUAGUGGCGUACUAGUUUGCGGAGAGGAGAAUAUCACAUUCAGGCAUUCAAACCAGGAAGCUCUCCGCAUUCCGAUCCCAAGACGCAGAGGACCGAUGGAGGAUCCACAAAGAAAGCGUACUAUUGUAUCAGGAGUAAUGCAUAAGCUCAAGGGCAGUGCUAUUGCAUUUUUCUUCUUGCUCCAGAGCGACGAUGGAGAUUUAUUCAAGGUAACGCUAGAAAUGGCGGAGCAUACUGAUGGAAACCUAACUGGCGAAGUCACCCGUCUCAAGAUCAAGUAUUUUGAUACGAUUCCCGUUUCAAAUAGUAUUUGUAUACUAAAAAGUGGCUUCCUCUUUGCAGCAAGCGAAUUUGGUAACUACCACUAUUACCAGUUUGAAAAUCUUGGCGACGACGACGAAGAGACAGAAUUCAUCAGUGAUGAUUUUCCUACUGACCCAAAGGCAUCCUAUCAACCAGUCUACUUCUCCCCGCGACCACUAGAAAAUUUGACUCUGGUCGAGACUGUCACUUCUUUAGCUCCGCUGAUGGAUUGCAAAGUAGCAACAGCCCCCGGGAAGGCCAACCCGCAAAUUUACACGGUCUGUGGCAAUGGUGCAAGGAGCACAUUUCGAAUGCUGAAGCAUGGUGUGGAAGUGAACGAGCUUGUUGCUUCGGAGCUGCCUGGGACCCCUUCGGCAGUCUGGACCACUAGGCUUGCUAACACUGAUGACUACGACGCAUACAUCAUACUUACCUUCUUACACGAUACUAUGGUUUUAAGCGUCGGAGAAACAGUGACUCAAGUAACUGAUUCCGGAUUUCUUACAGCCGUGGCGACACUUGCAGUUCAGCAGAUCGGCAACAAUAGUCUCAUCCAAGUCUACGCAAAAGGGAUCCGCCAUAUACAAGGUGGGCUUAUUACCGAGUGGCCCGCCCCCCAGCAUCGUACCAUUGUUGCCGCCGCCACGAAUGAACGGCAAGUCGCCGUUGCUCUCAGCUCAGGUGAAGUCGUUUACUUUGAGGUCGAUGAAGACGGCUCUCUCGCUGAGUUUGACGAGAGAAAAGAAAUAGGCAGUGUUACGUCUCUCGGUUUAGGACCCGUGCCUGAAGGUCGCCUUAGAAGCUCCUUUCUUGCUGUUGGGUGUGAUGACUGUACGGUUCGAAUACUAAGCUUAGAGCCGGACUCAACACUCGAAAGCAAGUCUGUACAGGCUCUAACUGCAGCACCAUCGUCGCUUUGCAUUUUAUAUAUGGAGGACUCUUCUUCGGGAGGCUCUACGCUAUAUCUGCACAUUGGUCUGAAUUCUGGCGUGUACUUGAGAACUGUGCUGGAUGAAGUCACAGGCGACUUGAGUGAUACACGGCUCAGAUUCCUCGGCCUAAAACCCGUGAAACUCUCUCCGGUCAUUCUUCGAGGUCAAAAGUGUGUCUUGGCACUUAGCACCACCUCGUGGAUAGCACAAGUCGAUCCAAUUAUGGGUGGCUUUCUAGUCACGCCUCUGUCGUAUCAUGAGCUGGAGUGGGCGUGGAACUUCACAAGCAAACAAUGUGAGGAGGGUAUAGUUGGGAUUCACAUGAAUUAUCUUUACAUAUUCUCCCUCGACAACCUACGGGAUACGUUCAUCCAAAAAGCCAUUCCUCUUUCAUACACCCCGAGACAGCUGCUACAACAUCCAGGUCAGGCUUACUUUUACACCAUAGAAUCCGAAAACGAUACACUUGAUCCGUCACUUCGCGAACAGUUGCUGGCCGAUGCGAAUAUCACAAAUGGCGACGCCGAAGCUGCACGGCUCUCGUUGCAACAUUUUGGCCUCCCAAAGGGCCAGGGCAGAUGGGCGUCUUGCAUUAGUGUCAUUGACCCAACUGUAGGGACUGCAGAGGUUCUCAACACAGUUCACUUUGAAGGGAAUGAAGCGGCCGUCAGUGCAGCGGCAGUAUCUUUCACAAGUCAAGAUGAUGAGAGCUUCUUAGUUGUUGGAACAGGAAAAGACAUGACCGUCAAUCCCAGGCAGUCGUCGGAGGGAUACAUACAUGUCUAUCGUUUUCUCGACGAUGGUAAAAAUUUAGAAUUCAUCCACAAAACCAAGGUUGAAGAGCCACCGACGGCACUCCACUCUUUCAAUGGUCGGCUGCUUGCUGGAAUCGGAAAAAUGCUCAGGAUAUAUGAUCUGGGUAUGAGACAGCUGCUUCGGAAGGCCCAAGCCGACAUUGCACCGCAACUUAUUGUCUCCUUGCAAUCUCAGGGGUUUCGAAUCGUCAUCGGGGACGUACAACAUGGUGUGACCAUGGCAGUGUACCACCCCCUCUCAAACCAACUUCUGCCGUUUGCCGAAGAUACAAUUGCGCGGUGGACGACAUGCACAGCCAUGAUAGACUACGAAUCUGUUGCUGGCGGCGACAAGUUUGGCAAUAUUUGGAUCGUCCGAUGCCCUGAGAAAGCCAGCACCCAGGCCGAUGAGCCCGCCGCGAAUGUGCAACUUACCAACGAACGAAGCUAUCUACAUGGUGCUAGCCACCGGCUUCAACUAAUGUCGCACGUUUUCGUCCAAGAUAUACCCACUAGCAUUUGCAAGACAAGCCUAGUUGUUGGCGGCCAGGAUGUUCUGUUGUGGACCGGUCUGCACGGAACUAUCGGCGUGCUCAUUCCCUUGGCCACACGGGAAACUGCGGACUUCUUCCAGACGUUGGAGAUGCACAUGCGCAAUGAAGACCCGCCGCUUGCUGGGCGUGACCAUCUUAUGUACCGCGGGUAUUAUGCACCUGUUAAAGGUGUCAUAGACGGCGAUUUAUGCGAGCGGUUUGCGCUUCUACCUCGCGAGAAGAAGGAGAUGAUUGCUGACGAGCUGGACCGUUCUGUCCGGGAGGUGGAGCGUAGGAUAUCGGACGUCCGAAUUCGGUCUGCCUUUUGA